AAGUUCCCGACGAGAGCUCGCCCCCGGGAGGCCGACGUCCAGGUGCCUCGCGGCCAGGCUCCCAGGGACAGCAGCCAGGCGCUCCGGGAUGGCGCUUCGGGGGCCUCUCGGGCCGCGCAAAGUUCGCGGGAGGCGAGAGAUGAUGCCGCAGCAAGUUGGCUUCGUGUGCGCGGUGCUGACCCUGGUGUGCUGUGCGUCCGGGCUCUUUGGAAGCUUGGGGCACAAAACAGCGUCUGCCAGCAAACAUGUUCUACCAGACACGUGGCGAAAUAGAAAGCUGAUGGCACCCAUGAACGGGACUCAGACAGCCAAGAACUGCACAGAUCCUGCAAUUCACGAGUUCCCUACGGACCUGUUCUCCAACAAGGAGCGACAGCAUGGAGCUGUCCUGCUGCACAUCCUGGGGGCUCUGUACAUGUUCUACGCUUUGGCCAUCGUGUGCGAUGACUUCUUUGUUCCCUCUCUGGAGAAGAUCUGUGAGAAACUCCACCUGAGCGAGGAUGUGGCCGGAGCCACGUUCAUGGCCGCAGGGAGCUCCACCCCCGAGCUGUUUGCCUCCAUUAUUGGUGUGUUCAUCACCCACGGAGACGUCGGGGUUGGCACCAUCGUGGGCUCAGCAGUAUUCAACAUCCUGUGCAUAAUUGGAGUUUGUGGCUUAUUCGCCGGGCAGGUGGUCCGGCUGACGUGGUGGGCCGUGUGCCGGGACUCCGUGUACUACACCCUGUCUGUCGUCGUUCUCAUUGCCUUCAUAUAUGAUGAGGAGAUUGUGUGGUGGGAAGGCCUGGUGCUCAUCGUCUUGUACGUGUUCUAUAUCCUGAUCAUGAAGUACAAUGUGAAGAUGCAGGCCUUUUUCACAAUCAAACAAAAGACCAUUGCAAACGGCAACACGGUCAACAGUGAGCUGGAGGACGUGAAGGAGGAGCCGCAAUAUGGCAAAAAUCCGGUGGUGAUGGUGGACGAGGUCAUGAGCUCCAGCCCCCCCAAGUUCAACUUCCCCGAGGCGGGCUUGCGCGUAAUGAUCACCAACAAGUUUGGGCCGCGGACCCGACUGCGGAUGGCCAGCAGGAUCAUCAUCAAUGAGCGGCAGAGACUGAUCAACUCAGCGAAUGGGGUGACCAGCAAGCCACUUCAAAACGGCAGACACGAAAACAUUGAGAAUGGGAAUGUUCCCGUGGAAAAUCCCGAAGUCCCUCAGCAGGAGCAGGAGCAACAGCCGCCCCCACAGCCACCUGCCCCAGAGCCAGAGUCAGUGGAAGCUGCUUUCCUGUCCCCCUUUUCCAUGCCUGAGUCAAAAGGGGACAAAGCCAAGUGGGUGCUCACCUGGCCACUCAUCUUCCUCCUCUGCAUCACCAUCCCCAACUGCAGCAAGCCACGCUGGGAGAAGUUCUUCAUGGUCACCUUCAUCACCGCCACCCUGUGGAUUGCCGUCUUCUCCUACCUGAUGGUGUGGCUGGUGACUAUUAUUGGAUACACUCUUGGGAUCCCUGACGUCAUCAUGGGCAUUACUUUCCUGGCAGCGGGCACAAGUGUUCCAGACUGCAUGGCCAGCUUAAUUGUGGCGAGGCAAGGCCUUGGCGACAUGGCGGUCUCUAACACCAUAGGAAGCAACGUGUUUGACAUCCUCGUUGGACUUGGCAUACCCUGGGGCCUGCAGACCAUGGUCAUUAGUUACGGAUCCACGGUGCGGAUCAACAGCCGGGGGCUGGUCUACUCCGUGGUGCUGCUGCUCGGCUCUGUUGCACUCACCGUCGUCGGCAUCCACCUGAACAAGUGGAGACUGGACCGGAAGCUGGGCGUCUACGUGCUUGUCCUCUACGCCAUCUUCUUGUGCUUCUCCAUAAUGAUAGAGUUUAAUGUCUUCACUUUUGUCAACUUGCCCAUGUGCCGAGAAGACGAUUAAAGCUUCUCCCCUGGGAGCUGUUCUGGACACUGUGGCCCUGGUCCCCUCUCGGUCCCUCCCCACUACGAGUCUCCUGCACCGGCAGCUGCCCUCUUUCAUACACUGGAAGGAAGAGCCGCCGUGGUCUCUGUCUGGUCACGGGCCAGGUUGCCGGGCAUCCUCCUCGUCCUUGGAGUUCUGCCCCACUUCCCCAGGCAAGACUUGGG